AUGCUCUCCGCCGGCGAACGCCCGCAACCCGCCAUGAAGAACAAGGGCGCGGUGGUAGACACCCCCCUCAACAUCAACCACACCACCACGAACCCCAUGUGGGCCGACCAGACCCAGCAGCAGCCGCCGGCCCAACCGCCGCAGCAGAUCCAACACAUCUGGGUGGUGACCGGGCCCGCCGGGUGCGGGAAGAGCACCGUCGGGCGCGGUCUGCAGGAGGAAUUGGGGGUGCCAUUCCUCGAAGGCGAUGAUUUCCACCCGGCCUCGAACAAGACCAAAAUGAGCAACGGGGUGCCGCUGACGGACGCGGACCGGUGGGACUGGCUGAUCUCGCUGCGGCAGGCGGCGAUCGCGGCGCUGUCGCCGUCGGAGGCGAACGGCUACCGGCCGCCGACGGGGGUGGUGGUGGCGUGCUCGGCGCUGAAGAAGAAGUACCGGGACGUGAUGCGCGUGGCGGCGUACGGCUCGCCCGCGGUGCAGAUCCACUUCAUCUACCUCAAGGUCGACCCGACGGCGCUGCUGCAGCGCGUCACGCAGCGGCAGGCCCACUACAUGAAGAGCAGCAUGGUGCAGUCGCAGCUGAUGGACCUGGAGGAGCCCGUGGUCGGGGACGAGUGGGAUGCGCUGAUCGUGGACGUGCACGCCGGCCAGGCGGAGGUGCUGCAGGAGGUGAUUGCCCUGGUGCGGGAUGCGCUGGUGAAGUUCCAGCAUAGCUAG